AUGGAUAUAUCCUUAGAUGAACAAUUUGACAUUAAGAAUGUGGAUUGGACUUUGAGUAAAUGCAAAAAAUUUUUAAGGUUCGUCCAAGAAAAACCGACUGAAACUCGUAUCAAGAAAGAGCCAGGCGAUGGAAGCCAUUUAUUUCUACCGAUGUAUCUUGGCAAGGGCCGCGAAUUUUAUAAAUGGGAUUCAAAGAACCUUCACGACAUAUUUGUAGCAAUUUUCCGAUUUUUACAAAAAUAUUAUUACGAUUUAAGCAGGUUGAACCUUAAAGCCCUUCACAGUGAACAAAUUAGCAAAUGGAAAGUUGAAUUUCCAAAGUAUCUAGAAGACAAACAUGCUAGCAAAGAGGCAAAAUUACAAGAUAAAUUCAUCAAGGAAAUUAAUGAUAAGUGGCUUCCAGGAUUCGGGUAUCUUUACGAUUUUGAAUAUAGAAUUGGGGACCACAAAGGAGAUUUGAUUUUUGCAGAUGAUAAUGGAUUUCUUGUAGCUGUAGAAACGAAAAGAGGGGGAUAUAAUCCGGUGCUUAUCAUACAGAAUAUCAAUAAAGCCAAGGAGCAAGCAAUUAAAUAUCGAAAUCUCCUCAUGGAAAGAACCAGAAAUGAUUCGAAUAUCAUUACAGUUCUCGGUGUCUAUUUUAUCGAUCUGGCAUUUUCCAGAUUAUUAAGAGUCGCUUUUAAUAAAGUUCAAAAAUAA